GAGGGAGCUGAGGAGCGGAGCGGAGCUAGGCGGCCCCGGGAGAGCGGCCCGGGGCGUGAGGGGGCGCGGAGCCGGCCGGGGCGGGAUGAGGGACCGGCUGCCGGACCUGACAGCGUGUAAGAGUAAUGAAGAUGGAGAAACAACUGUGGUCGUUGAGAAGGACCAUUUCAUGGAUGAUUUCUUCCACCAGGUUGAAGAGAUUAGAAAUAAUAUAUCCAAAAUAGCACAGAUUGUUGAAGAAGUAAAAAAAAAUCACAGCAUUAUCCUCUCGGCACCAAAUCCAGAUGGAAGGACAAAAGAAGAGCUAGAAGAACUGAACAAAGAAAUCAAGAGAAUUGCUAAUAAAAUUAGAGCCAAGUUAAAAGCUAUCGAACAAAGUUUUGAUCAAGGUGAGAAUGCCAACCGAACAUCAGUGGAUCUUCGGAUACGAAAAACACAGCAUUCUGUACUGUCUCGGAAAUUUGUGGAAGUUAUGACAGAGUAUAAUGAAACACAGACUUUGUUUCGGGAACGAAGCAAAGGGCGGAUACAACGUCAGCUAGAAAUAACUGGAAAAACUACCACUGAUGAGGAACUAGAAGAAAUGUUGGAAAGUGGGAAUCCUUCUAUUUUCACUUCAGAUAUUAUAUCAGAUUCUCAAAUUACUAGGCAAGCUCUCAAUGAAAUUGAGUCACGUCACAAAGAUAUUAUGAAAUUGGAGUCCAGUAUACGAGAGCUACACGAAAUGUUUAUGGAUAUGGCUAUGUUUGUUGAGAUUCAGGGCGAAAUGAUCAACAACAUAGAAAAGAAUGUGAUGAAUGCUUCAGACUACGUGGAGCAUGCUAAAGAGGAAACUAAAAAAGCUGUUAAAUACCAGAGCAAAGCCAGAAGGAAAAUGAUGUUCAUAAUUAUUUGUGUAAUUGUUUUGCUUGUGAUCCUUGGAAUUAUCCUAGCAACAACAUUGUCAUAGCAAAUGCAUCUCAGGAGCUGAUUAUCUUUGGAGCGUCAGAGCACAUCUGUGGUGAAACCCACGCCCCAUCUUUUCACGAAUGAACCACACACGUUGAGACUAGUGGUAUUCAUGCUGCCGACUCACUAUUAGUGACUUCAGGGGGAAAACUCCAGAAAGUGAUGUGCACAAAAUCGACCAGAGGAAACGGAAUGGAGGUCAUGAGUUAAUCACAAAUGUCCUUUGAUUGUAAAUAGCAGACACCAAGAAUUUGACAAUGGGAAACAUGCUUUAGUGGCCUUAAAAUAAGAAAUGAUCGAAGACUUCAAUUGUUGACAUUUCAGUGUUAAAUUAAUAUGAAGUUUAAUUAGGAGUACGUGCUGUUACGAAGCAGUUGGGUUCCAGCUCUGUGACUUCCUUUCCCCCCACAGCUUGUGUGUGCUCAUUAAGAGAAGUUUUUCUACUAUGUUUAUUUCUUGUUGGCAAAAUAAUUCUGAUUAUCCAAACAACUCUUUUGUAAAACGUUGACAAUUUUAAUAUAUUAACUUAAUACAUUAACAUCUUUAUUUAUCCUAUUUUAUAUAUUAAACAUUGCCUUUGUAUAAAAUCUUCAUUUAAUUUUUAAUCCUUCUUUGUACAGUAUCCUUAAAUAAGUUUGUCAAUAAAGAAAAGUUGCCAUCAUCACCAGAACAGUGGACAUGAAACACCCAAAUAGUAAUUCAAAUGCCUUCUGUUAUUAACCAAUAGCAAAUCUUGUUAUUAGUGAUUUGCAAAUUAAUUCAAUCUGAUUUUAAUGCCCUCUAGAAAAGCCUAGAUUUUUGUAUUUAACUCUACUUCUUCCUGUUUUGUAACCCAAGAUAAUAAAUUAGUUACUACCCUGUAAUGAUAAUGGUUUGUUUUCUUUGUUCACUGUUUACAUGUUUCCUUGGUUUACAGAAUUCAGAUUGAAAUGGAAAUAUGGUGAAACAACCAGACUGGUCGCACAGAUCUAAGAAAUGAUCUUUUUCUUAAGUCAUCCUUUGCCAGUGAGGUCAUUUCCCUGCUUAUUUGAAUCUUACAAUGCUGGGUAUGCUCGUGUCUGAUUACCCGAAGACCACUGAUCCUUUAAAAUUUCUUGAAGUUUACAUAACUCAAUGAUGAUUUCAAGGCCCAGAGUUUCAUUACUUAGCUUCUUUGGAAUUUCUCAGUAUGAAGGACUUCUGGUGUGGCCUGAAGCGGGUGAAGCGUUACUGCUGACUGUACAUCCCUUCCACUAGUUUCACAUUCAGAGUAAAUGUUUAGAGCAUUUCCAAAGGAGAGUCAGCUUGUGUGGUGGUGGUGGGGAGAACCACGUGUGGCUGAGGGUGGAUACGGGCCUCUUCCCAGAUGUUUGUUUGAAUGUACAUGGUGUUAGAUGCAUUUGUAUACAAACUGUAAGAUGGAAGUACAGGGGUGCAAUAGUUUACCAUGAAGUGGCUAAAGGCAGGUUUCUUUCUUUAAUACAAUUAUGAAUUUCAUUCACAUUCCUGAGUGCAUUCUCAAAUAUGUCUUCUUCAUUCUAUAGUACUGCAUUUUGUUUACUUUUUAUACACGAUUGUACAUUUUGGAAUUAAUGAGUAUCUUUAAACAGAUGCAUCAAGCAUAAUAUGUUUAUUAAUCUAACCUAUAUUUUGCCCUUUGGAUAUUUGGAUACUAAGCUUCUCUAGCUAGAAUCCUCGUUAGUGAAAUUGUUUUAUAUGGGCUUUUGUCCAUUUAUUUGUCAGAAUUAUGUACAAUUGUAGAACUUUGUGAUAUUGAACAACCAGUUGUCUGUGCCUGUGAGUCCUGGUUCUUCUGGGCCUGAUCGCAUUGAAACUUGGCAUUCAUAAUAAUUCUCAUUCUGGUGGUGUCUUUGGUGUCUUUCUGACCUCAUUUGAAGUAUUGGAUUUUAAAAAAUUUUUAUGUUUGAGUUGAUAGAAAUGAUCUUGAUUUAUUUUUAGAUAUUUAAAUCAAUCAAUAGGUGGCACGCUGAUGUACACAAAUCACUUUCACGUACUUGGUAUUAGAAUUUUAGAAUGUAUUUGUAGAUUUCUUUGUGACUUUUUGUAGUUUGCAUUGUUCCCUAAAUGUUGCAUGUUUCUAUUAAAAAAAAAGUUUGCAGAAGGUCACACAUGAAA